AUGUCAAAUUAUGACAACACACACAGGUUGGCCUCAGAAAAUUUUGGCAGGAUUAAAACAUCAAUAUUGAUUGUACCAACUUCAUUACCCCCUUAUUUAGUAAACUUAAUCACAUUGGAAGAAUAUUUAGAAAUUAUUCAUCAAUUUAAAACACUUAUAGAAAAGAACCCAUCGAAAUUAUUUAAAAUUUUAAAUAUUUUUGGUGUUAUAAUUCUUCUUUGUUUUUUUAUACCUCUUAUAAUUUCACUUUGUUUAAACUCUAUCAUAGGUGUUUGGGUAGGAGUGGGGGUUGCUGUAUUUUUUUUAAUAUUAUUAAUAGCUCAAUGGGUAAGAAGGGGAAAAAAAAUUAAUGCAGAUUUUGAUAAUUAUUUUAAAGAAUUAAAUGCUAGAUAUUAUUCAAAAGGGUUCUCAUUUUUUAGUAAAACAGUGGUUUAUGGAUCGGGAAAAAGUGCUCAUUAUGCAACACAUAUUUUUGUUCGUAUCUAUCAUCCAGAUUUACCUUUACCCACUCCACCUCCACAAUUUUUAUCGUAUCAAAAUACUCAAUCAUCUCCACAAAAUCUUGCAAGUGAUAAUUUUGAACCAUAUGUUGAUGAAAAAACCCUUCUCAAAAAUUUUUAA